GCGCCGGGGCUGCCAGUCGUGCGGUGGCCGCGGACGCGCGGUGAGUGCCCGGCGGGGUCGCGCCCUGCUGCCCCGCCCGAGCCUCCGCGGAGCCGGGACCCCUCGCACCCGGUGGCGUGCUCGCCGCGGGAGCCCCCUGUGCUCGUGGCCCCGCGCGGGGAGGGACCCCCGGACCCCGUGUGGCCGGGUGCGGGCCCGGGCACCUGCAGGGCAGCCCUCCCGCCACGGCCUCGUCCGGGAGCCGUCCUCUCCCGCAGGGCGCGACCUGGCCGGGCGCUUUCGCUUCAUCACCGCAGGGCAGCAACAGGUGGCGCCGGGCCCAUCACUGUCUCCCUCUCACAGGUGAGGACGCCGAGACUCCUGGAGGCCCAGCCGAAGGAGGCCGAGCCUGGAGGCUGAGCCUUAACUUGCAGCCAGGUCACCCACAGGGCCAAGGUGGCUCCUACCCAGAGGAUGAGCAACUUCCUGAGGCAUUUCACUGUGGUGGGGGACGACUACCACGCCUGGAACAUCAACUACGAGAAAUGGGAGAACGAGGAGGAGGAGGAGGAGGAGGAGGAGGAGGAGGAGAAGGAGGAGAAGGAGCGGCCCCCACACGGGCCAGCCUCGGGCGAGGAGGACAACGCCGCGGACAGCGAGGCUGCACCCAGGCCGGCGCCCAGGCCUGCCCGCGACUUCAGGAGCACGUUCAGGAAGCUCUUCAGCUCCCACAGGUUCCAGGUCGUCAUCAUUUGCCUGGUCAUUCUGGACGCUUUCCUGGUGCUGGCCGAGCUCGUUCUGGACCUGAAGAUCAUCGAGCCUGACGAGAACAACUACGUGGCCCAGGUGUUCCACUACAUGAGCAUCGCCAUCCUGGUCAUUUUUACGGUGGAGAUUUCCUUGAAAAUAUUCGUCUUCCGCCUGGAAUUCUUUCACCACAAUUUUGAAAUCCUGGAUGCUGUCGUGGUGGUCAUCUCGUUCAUCCUCGACAUAGUCCUCGUGUUCCGGGAGCAUGAGUUUGAGGCUCUCGGCCUCCUGAUCCUGCUCCGGCUGUGGCGGGUGGCCCGGAUCAUCAAUGGGAUAAUUAUCUCGGUGAAGACACGUUCAGAACGGCAACUCUUAAAGUUAAAGCAGAUGAAUAUUCAGUUGGCCGCCAAGAUCCAGCACCUUGAGUUCAGCUGCUCUGAGAAGGAACAAGAAAUUGAAAGACUCAACAAGCUACUGAGGCAGCACGGGCUUCUCGGCGAGGUGAACUCCGCCAGCCCACCCCAGAGAAGCCCCUGCCUUCCGGGCUGGCCGGGGUCAGAGGUCGGGCCACAGGGUUCCACUGAACACAGCCGGCCAGAGGCUGAUUCCUCCUUGGUGUGACCCAAGAGCUGCCCUCCUGCUGCGUAGAACAAAUGUGUUAAACUAUAUUUUCUCUUAAUGGACACUGUACUCUCGGCUUAAAUAUGAACACGCUGAACAAAUACUAGUUGUAUAUAAGAUUUAAUCUCAUCAAAUGUACAGUUUUUGAAUUUCAUAUCAUUUUGCUGGGACUGGCACAUCCUUUCAUUCUGGAAGAAAAAGAAAAGCAGCUACCUUAGCCUCCAGCCUGUUCUAGAAAAGCCCUUUUUAUCCCCAAGCUGUUCUAAAGAGCUUCUGCUGUUGUCACCACAGGGAUGUCAUUCGGGUGCCCAGGACCCUCCUAUGAGGUAUCCGUGUUCUGCCACCUGACACAUGGUUCUCAAUUACUGUACAAUGAAUGUAUAAAAUAACCUCUUCCCUUGAGCCCUCCUCCCGUACCCUUGGCAUCCCACGCAGCCCGCCACCUGCAGAGCCAGCUCACUGCAGGGCCCGGGGCAGGGUGGCAAUUAGACCCAAGGCUGCCCUGUAAUUCACAUGAUCUGUUAAGAGUCCCUGGUGAGGCUUCACACCCUACUUGCAUGAUUUUGUACGUAUUUUGCUAUUUUUGUACUUAUUUCAAUAGGACUUGAAAGAAAACAUGAGCUAGAAACAAUGAAAAUUUUAAAAAUAACUUGCAUUACAGCAGGGCUGAGUAAACCAGUAGAUCCCUGACAUGCUCGCUACUUUGGGGUCUGUUCUUUCCACCAACCCCCAAAAACCAUUUCCAUCCGUGACCAACUCUAAAUCCAAACCAAGCAGAGUGAAAUCUCCAGAAGGAGACAAGAGAGCCGGAGCCAGUCCAGGGGCAGCAUGUGCUGGUUUGGGGGCAACACCAAGGCUUGCGGAGGUGAGGAAGUGGGCUGUCUCAGGGACUGUGGCCCCAUGUGCACACGUUCCAGAGGUGAAGACCCGAGGUGGGACUCGGUAUCCUCCAGGGACCACUUACGUCACACAAAUGGGAAGAAGAAGUUGAAGGGCAGCCUGGCGUUGAUGGCGGGCCGAGCUCUGAAGCCCGGCUCUGCAGGUGCGGACGCUGCCACAAAAGUCACCACAGAGGAAAUGAGAACUGUCCUUUCAUUUCCGGCGCUGGCCUGUAAUAGAGAGCGGGAGAUGCAGCCCCACCCUGCAGCGUGGGGCCAGGAGGACGGAGACGAGACCUCUCUCCUCUUCCCAGUUUGUGGAGAUGACAGGUAGCCAGGGGCCAAUGGGCCACUGCCCAGGCCGAGAGGAGUUGGCCCAGGUGGUCCCGACUGACCGGCCACUAUCAACUGAUUCCAUUUCAUGAGAGUUUUAAAGAUUAAAUCUAAUCAAGACUGUCAGUACAAAUAAGACCUUUACCAGCGGGCUCCCCCUCCAUGUAAAUACUAAUGGCAGGAAAAUCGUUUUAGCACUCCAUGUUGUUUAAGAUGUAAUCUUUUUUACCAAGGAAUAAAUUUCACCUGUCCCACUUGA